CUAUAAUAUUUUAAUUGACAUGAAGACUAGAUCAAUUCAGUUAGGGUUUAGUGCUAUUCUUCUGACUUUGUCUGCAUAUUUAUAUUUGUUUGUACCAGAUUGGUGGAUAUACGGCACAAUCUGUAUUGCUGCUGGAAUUCUUAAUAUUUUUGCUAAUGCCGAAUGUCCAUUUUGGCGUUUUCUGGCUAGUACUGUUAUUGUACUUGGAACUAUAGAAACAUUGUUCCUCGUAUGGUCUAUCAGACUUGUCGAACAAUCCUCUUUCUUAAAUAUAGAGGCAAGGGAUGCAUUAACCGGCCAAACACUUCCCUCGGCUCGAGAUGAAUUAGCUACAGAGGGUCGUUUAAUUUUAUUGCCUGCUUUAGCUACUUUUUUGACAAUAUCAACUCGUUUGGGUAAUUCUUCCUAUGAAUGGCGAUUAAUUGAUAUUAUUAGAACACUUUUACUUUUGACUUUUAUGUUAGCAAUAAUACCUGCAUUGCUCUACUCGUUUACUUUCUUCGUUCCUGGAUUAGCAAUCAUUGUCAACAAUACUUUUGAUAAAUAUUGGGAAGUACUUUCUCCUUCAAUUAAUACAUUAUUUUUUUGA